CGCCGCCUCCCCUCCCUGCGCGGGGCCCGCGUGACAUCACCGGUGAGCGCUGCCGGUGCGGGCGGAGGAAGCAGCCCCGGACCCAGUAGGAUCCACCGGGAAUAACGGGGGUGCAGCGGGCGGGGGUGCGGGAAGAGGAGAAGACAAAAGCAAGACCAGGUUUCCCACCAAGGCCCUGAGUGUGGCUUCGAGGGGGAGGGGGUGCUGCAAGGGCGUCACAUCCUUACGUGGCCGCACCCCAAAUCCCGUUCGCGUCCUGCCCCACCCUCCAGCCGCCCUCACCUCCCAAUUCCAGCAAAAACCGGUAUCCAAAGCGGCGGAGGGAGCUGCCUCCACAGGCCCCAGGGGGACGACAGAGACACUUCCGGGCCUGGGAGGACCCAGGCAGGCACCCGCAUUUGGGGGGAGUGGGGUGAAGGCGGUCGCCGCUGCGCCCCCGGGGCCCAGCCCACGGCGCCUCCCCCGCCCGGGGACAGGAGGGGGGGGAGGCCGAAGCGCCUCCUCCUCCUCCUCCUCCUCCUCCUCGUCGCCGGAGCCGACGCUGCGGCAGAGGGCAAGGCAGGCGCCUCACCUCGCCCCCCAUGAGGGGCGGGUCAUGCCAUGGCAGCGGCGGCGAGCGGCGGCGGCGGCGGCGGCGAGCGGCACUCCGCCGGCAGCCCCGGGAGCUCGGCCGGAGCCGGGGCCGCUGCGCCGGCGGGAGCCGGGGACGGCGGGGACGCGGGCGGCCGCAGCGCGGCGGGGACGGCGCCCGGCCUCCCCGCGCUCGAGGACUACGAGUGCAAAAUCUGCUACAACUACUUCGACGCGGACCGGCGCGCGCCCAAGCUGCUGGCGUGCCUGCACACCUUCUGCCAGGAGUGCCUGAGCCAGCUGCUGCUCCGCGCCGCCGCCGCCGCCGCCGCGCCCGAGCGCCCGCCGUCCUGGCACGGCCCGCCCGGCGCCAUCGCGUGCCCCGUGUGCCGCCACCGCACGCCGCUGCCCGACAGCCGCGUGCACGGCCUGCCCAGCAACACCAAGCUCGCCGAGGCCUUCUUCCCGCUGGCCCUGCGCGCCGCGCACGACCCGCUGCCCCAGGACCGCCUCCCGCCGCUGCCCGCCCGCCGCCCGCCGCCCGCUGCGCUCCCGCCGCCCGCCCCGGCCCCGGCCCCGGCCCCGGCCCCGCCGCCAACGCCCCGGGAGGACGCCGCCCGCCAGCCCCGCGCCCGCGCCGGCCUGCGCUCCUCCUCGGGCGCCUACGAAAGCUGCCAUCACUGCAAGCGCGCCGCGCUCACGGCGGGCUGCGUGUGCGUCGUCUUCUCCUUCCUCUCCAUGGUGGUGCUGCUCUUCACCGGCCUCAUCUUCGUCAACCACUACGGCGGCGGCGGCGGCGGCGGCCCCGGGGGACCCCCCGGAGGCGGGGCGCCCGCUGGCGCGGCCCAGGCUGCCGCGUCGCCGUCGCUCGUGGGACCCAUCUGCCUGUCGGUGGCCAGCAUCCUGGCGCUCUUCUCGGUGGUCGUCACUUGGCUCAUAUGCUGGCUUAAGUACCGGACCCCCGAGGGCGCGGCCGCGGGCUCGGCUGGGGGCGGCGGCCGGAGGACGCGGGCGGCGGCGGCGGCGGGCGGCGUGCGGGGAGAGCGGCACAGAGUGGGGUGACUCGCCGCCGGGUCUCCCGCCUGCACGCACCUUCGAUCCUGCGAGGCCCGCGAGGAGGGGGCCUUUGGCUCCGUGCGCUCGAGCUUCUCCGGCCUCUCUCCGUGGUUCCCCGGGUCGCGCACCCCCUCGCCGCCCCGCCGCUCCGGGACUUCGGCUUCACGCCCCGCCUCCUCCACGCUGGAUCGGAGACAUCGGGGAGGCGGGGAUGCAAGAUCAACCUCCGUUCCAGGCACCAUCCCCAUCCUCUCCAGCGCGGAGUGCUCUGCCUCCCUUCCCAGAGUCGGAGGAUUUGCAAAGAGAGCUGGAAAGGGGAGUGGGACCCCCUCCGCCCCGCCGCGCCUUCAGUUUCUGUAAGCGUGCAGGUGCGCGCGCACACGCGGCUGCAGCAGUUGUGAUUGCCAAUUGUCCGGUGGGAAAACGGAUGAGAUGCAAACAGAGGAAGGUUUCCCCGCUUCCUGGGGGUGCUGGACAGCGAGUGAGCUGGAGCGCCCGGAGCGGUGAUUACUCCCCGAGGGCACACCUCCCGCCUUCAGCCGGGCGCGCAGCGGCAGGUGCAAAGCGCGCGUGCGCGCUCCGGGGUGCGGGCGGCCGCGCGAAGCGCUCCAGGCGAAGGAUCUUGCUGCCCGGACCCCCGCAGAGACCCAAAGGUCCUGGAAGCUGGGCUCCUGGAACUUGCGGUGGUUUUAUGCGCGGCGUUACUACCAGGAAGUAAUUUCCUCCUCGGUCACUGGACUCAGGGAAAUUCACGAGCCUGUUCUCCAUCUCGUCUCAAAACUGACUUACUGUUGCCCCCACCUGGAAGAUAUUGAAAGCUAUUCACGCAGAAAAUAAACUGCAGGCUUCCUUCGCCCCCUUUCCUUAAUUUCAUUUAAAAUAUAAUUUAUUUUAAAAUAUAUGCAUCUGGAAAUUUUUAGAAAAGAUGUUUGAUGAGCAGUAACAUUUCUUCCAUACCUCCAGUCCAAAUACAUUUCGAAAUUAUC